CGCUUGGGCGCCGCUCGUUGGCGGAGGCGCCUGGAUGGGCAGCGGCCACGGCGCGGGUGGCUGCAGUGGCGGCGGGGAUGGGCGAGCAGCUCAGCACGGCGAGCGCCCCGCCGGAGUCAACCCCGGCCGCCGCCGGGCCGCCUCUCCCGACCGCGGGAGUUCAGCCGCCGCCCAUCGCGAGCGGAAGGACAGCCAGGCCACAAGAGGAGGACGGCGCCGACCCGCCGCCGCCUGCUGAACCGCCAGGCCGGGAGGCGGGCGGCGGCCAGGCUCCCUCGGAGGAGGGUCCAGGGUCGGAAGCGGCGAACAGCCACAGCCGCCGCCUUCCUUUGCGGCCGGUCUAUUGCACCGUCUACUGCGUGGAGAGCGACCGGCACCCGGGCGCCUCGCCUGCCUCUCUGCACCCCGGAGAAGACCCUCGUCCCGCCGCCUCGCCACCGCCUUCUCUGCGAGGAGGAGGAGGAGAAGAAGAAAGCGGAGGGGGAGGAAAAGGCGGCGGCAUUGAGGUAGACUUGUACCUUCUGCCCGACCCUUUUUCCGGGCUGUUAGCCGGGGAUUUCGGGCCCGUGCUGGUGCUGACCUGCCGCGUGUGUCUGGAGGAGAAGCCUCUGAAGCCCUUGCCCUGCUGCAAGAAGCCCGUCUGCGAGGAGUGCCUCAAGCGCUACCUCAGCUCCCAAGUGCAGGUGGGGCAAACAGAGAUCCCAUGUCCAAUAACAGAGUGCAAUGAACAUCUGGAUGAAACAACCAUCCUCUUCAACUUGCCACAUGAUGACAUCAUCAAAUAUAAGUACUUCCUGGAACUUGGCCGUAUUGACUCAAGCACCAAGCCAUGCCCUCAAUGCAAGCACUUUACAACCUUCAGGAAGAGAGGCCACAUUCCAACCCCUACCAAAAUGGAGAACAAGUACAAAAUCCAGUGCCCGACCUGCCAAUUUGUGUGGUGUUUUAAGUGCCACUCUCCCUGGCAUGAAGGUGUCAAUUGCAAAGAGUACAAAAAGGGAGACAAGCUAUUACGUCACUGGGCCAAUGAAAUUGAACACGGGCAAAGAAAUGCUCAGAAGUGUCCAAAGUGCAAGAUCCAUAUCCAGAGAACAGAAGGGUGUGACCACAUGACUUGCUCACAGUGUAAUACUAAUUUCUGUUACCGCUGCGGGGAAAGAUACCGGCAACUCCGUUUCUUUGGAGAUCACACGUCAAACCUCAGUAUAUUUGGAUGCAAAUACCGCUACCUCCCUGAGAGACCACAUUUAAGGAGAUUAGUGAGAGGCUCUGUCUGUGGUGGGAAGUUGCUUAUUGCACCACUGAUACUGGUUUUGGGACUGGUAAUAGGAGCCAUAGCUGUUAUAAUAGGUUUAUUUGUGUUUCCUAUCUAUUGCCUUUGUAAAAAGAAGAGGAAAAGGCCACGAACAGAAAUGCCCUGGUACGAAUGAACAGUUGUAUAUCUGAAUGGAGCUGGUUCUACAAGGCUUAUGCAAAAUAUGUGCAGCACAGCAAUAUUGUGCUGGUUAAUUGUGCUAAAGCCACAGCCCUGACAGAGAAUUGCGGGGAAUCUGCCACAUUCCUUCUGCACAGAAUACUACUAAUGACAAGCCAGAAAGCUUCCUUGCUCUGGUGCCUCAGACAAAAUGCAUACCUACUGUUGAGCCAAUGAAAGGAACUUUUAGUUUGGCACUACAUUUUUUCUGUUUCUGACAUAAUUCUGGGGCCUUACGGAGGAAAGGUCUGGAUGCGGUUUAAGUAAAGAUGGCUUGUUUUGUGCUACAGGCUGGCUCCAUGCACAGUUGGUUAACAGUAUUCUGUCUGACAUGACUGGCAUACUGCCAGGCCCUAGAAUUCUGUAGUUUGUUAUUUUAUGUAAGCAACUUUGCCCAUGAAUAUUGAAUCAUGUGUGUGUUAGUAUCUACUGUUGUCAAAUUCCCAGUAACUUCAAGAGAAUAGGAUGGGAAAUUAUUAGAACAUUAUACAUUUCAAUUAGUUCUGAAUUGAUUGAGAUAUUAACCUUGAUCUUUGGGAGAUCCAUUUCAGUGUUUUUGAACUGUGCAAGCUGUUCAGUAAAACAAAUUUAACUCCAUUUAACUCAGAAACAUUGAAAUAAAUUGGGGGAAGAGGUUGUCCUUUAUGGUUGUCUCUGAAAUCUGACAUACAAGCAGACAAACACGUAUAUUGCAUUUCAUGUAUGUGCUUUGGGCCAAUCAUGCAAACCUGUGUGAUAUCUAGAAAACCAUAUAUCUUUCUGUACUUAGAGUGUUCAGCACUGUGAAUCGGGGAAAAUGGCAAUUAUUCUGAGGCAAUCCAGAAAGGGACUCUUGCCGCAAAACUGCAUCAGUGCAUGUCCAAAGCUAUGAAGGUCCAUCAUUCACCACUGGCUCCUUAAUGUAAGGCCAGUUGAGGCAUAGACCAGUGAAAACAUUCUUCGCUUGGUGGGUAACAAUAUUUCUGAACUUUAGAAAUAUAAUCCAUGUGAAUUAGAUUAAUGAGAGUCCUGAUUUGCCCAAUAGUCAUUUUUCUUUUUUAAAAGGCUUAGAAGGAUUGUGGAUAUUGGAAUGGAAUGGCGUGUGUGUGUGUUACACUAAAUAUCUGAAUUGGCCCAUUUAUGUAUACAUAUUGUAUAGUAGCAGUUGACUUAAAAUAUCAACUGUGAAAUGUUUGGCUUUUUAAACAAUUAUUCAAUCCAGUAAAACUCAUGACAUGUUUUUGAGGCCAGGGAAAGGUUACCUAGAAGAUUGAUUAUAUUUUGUUCUUGGGGGCAGUUUGACUAUUAAUUUAAUAACAUGCUGGAGUUAAUAAGUGAGAUACAUGCAACUAAUUGAUUUGAACUUAAGAAUAAGGAGAAUGAAGGAGAAGAUGUUUUAAAUUUCUGUUGUCCUGUUACACUAAUGCUAACAUAGAGAAAAUUGGGGAAAAGAAAAAUCAUGCUAAGAAAUUAUCAAAAAAAUGAAUUAGAAAAAUGAUGAUUUUUUUCAGUGAUUGGAAAUGUUGGUGGAUAGAAGAUAAAAUUUGCCAGUUCCCCCCAUCCAGCAGCCUUUGGACUAUCUCCUGUGCUGUUUUGGAAGGCCUGCCAGCCUUCCAGAGCAGCUAGAAUAUGGGGGAAUAAGCAAAAUUCCCCCUUUUCAUUAAUGGGUGCCAGGAGCAUUCUUUCCAUGAGAAGAUCCCACAAACAGGGCUCUGCAGAUCCAGCUAAAUGUGUGGACAGACUUCUUGUGAGUUAUGUGCUAAAGAUUUAAAAAUAAAAAAACUAGAUAUUGCUAAAAAGAGUAAUGAAGUAUUUUGUAAGUCUUAUGUUCUGUGUUCUUCCAUUUGUUUUGAAAUGAAUAGACUCCAUAAAUAGCACAGAAAUGCAAUAUUGGGUUAUUUGGUGUACAUUAUACUUUAAAAUUUAACAGUACUUCAUUACUGAAGCAGUUUAUUUAUCAAUAGAGAAUUAAUCCAAGUGCAUCGUACAGGUUAUUUCUUGGAUCUCAAAGCCUUAGCUGAAUUUAAUAAAGGAUGUUACUUUUCUGCCAAUGUGUCUGCCAUGUGCUAGCACGGCUCAGCUUGCUAUUUAAAAUCCCAACAAUACCCAAACUUGCCACCAACUUUUGAUCAACUAAUAUUAGACUCCUUUUGGUAAAUAUCAGAACACCACUUACUAAAGAGACUAAUUAAAAUUUAAUCAUAAUUUCAAAUUGAGGUUGUUAGGAUCUUUAUAAACUAUUGGUUGGAUCCAGAUCUAGGCAUGCUUACAGUAGACCCAUGAAAUCAAUGAGCUAGUUUAGUCAUUACUAAUUUGUUCUCAUUGAUCUUAGAGGUUUCACUUCAAUUAUGACCAAACCUGGAUCCAACCAUAUGCUACUGCAAAUAUGUUUGGUUGUUUAAUUUGUUUCUUAUUUAUUUAGUUGUGUCUCCAAGUGGAUUGCUGCCUUAAACCUUUUAAAAGAUUGUAUACUUUUACCUAGCCCCAGAUAAUUGUGUUUUCUCAGGCCAAACUUGUGUAUUGUCUUUGGUUUACUCAGGGAUUUAGUCCAUCAUUAUAGUGUCAAAUAUUGUUGUGAAGAAACUUUUCUAAUAUUUAAAAAAAAAUUCAAACAUCAGAGCUAUAUCAUGAGAUUUGGUGUCUUUCAGGAUACAUUAAAGCAAUGUCGAGGCCUCUGUUUAAUUUCAGUGUAGACUUGAUCUUUUCCCAUAAUGUUUCCACAUUUAUUUGUUGUCCCGUUGCCCAUUUGAAAUAAAUUUCUUCCAGUUUGUAAUUCUCAGACUUGUCCAAUGAUCUUCAUGUGCAACAGCAAGUUAUCUGCAGGGAAUUACCUGCUGUAUCAGCUAACUCAAAGUCACCUAUCAAAGGAGGAUUGAUUUCACACACAUCCAUGCAUACACAACUCCCCACUGUCCAGCAGGACAUUUGAAUCAUCAGACCGGACAUGGCCAAUUGUUUCAGUAGUGUGUGUGCAAAAAAUGAGAGUGCCACACUAUACUCCUGAUUGAUGCCAGCUUUCUCGGUCAUGUAGCACUUCUUUGUGCUUAUGGGACCACAUCCUUUGAAAGUCUGCUCAUGGAAACUUACAGAAGUGGAUCCCCCUUGGUAGAUAAAGAUGCAUAUGCUUUUCUUUGCUUUUUUUAAUGUGAAACGUUUGAGAUAACUCGGGGUGUUAACCUCACAUCUUAAAAGGAUUUCUAUAUUAGGAUAAAUGAAAAAAUAUGCAUGUGUUUUUUAUAUACAAGGAUGAUAUAAAAUCAUAGAUAUUAUUAUGGCUCCCCAAAAUAAGUUUGUAUUCAUGCUGUUCAUUAACGCAAAGCAUGCCAUUUUAAGACUUACAUUAAAUUCCUGUCAAAUGCACAUGUUGUAGUAGUGCAUUUAAUACAAGUAUGCAGAUUUUGCUAAUUUGGUGUCACCUGAACAAAUAGUUUAUAUUACUUUAUUUUCCCAAUAAGUUGGUAUAAACCAAGGAAGUGCAUUAAAAUCCUGGUUUGCUGUCCCUGUUUUGUGUUUUCUUAAUGAUUCAAAAGCAAUUACUCUUAAGCUAACUUUAGCAAUACACCAAUAAACACAUUCACUUAACCAGUAUAAUGAUUGAUGAUGAACAAUGUCCUAAAAUUAGGAUAAAAUUGUCUGGUUAAAGAAAAAUCUUAACCGUUUAUUGAAUGUUGCAAGCCAUGCUUUGAUAUGCCUUAUACAGCUUGAAUCCUGACAAAAAGUUACUCUAGUUUAAAUGAGUCUUGCCCCUAUGUCUGUGACCAUACCUCAUUCACAGUAAGGGAGUAUCAUCCCUUUUUUCAUAAACGUUUAUUUGCUAUACAGUGUACUUCGUCAGAAUGAAACAGAAUUGAAAUAUCAUUUAAACAGUUUCAUGAUCUCCUUUUAUAUAGAAUUCUCAUUUCCUUUUAUUAAUUAAACUAAACAAAAUAAGACAGCUAAUAUAAGCUGCCCAGAGAACCUUCAGGUUAUGGGAAGGCAUAGAAAUGGAAUAAAAUAAAAUAAAAUAAAAUAAUUGUCUUGCUACACAUCUGCAUAUUUCAGUCCUAGGACUAAGCCAUGAGUCAUAAGUCAUGAUUCCCAGGAAUGUUUGAUGGCAUACCCUUGUUUUUCAGCAUAUGCAAAUGUUUUGGAAAUACACAGUAAUUUUAUUUGAAUUACAAGUAGAUCACGGUAGGUUGUCAUUCUUGUCUUGAGGUAGAAUUACUGACAUUCACAGAUGAAUGGGUUUGAUUUUAAUACCUAGGAAGACCUUUAAUUAUAAGAAACUAUUAUACCACUUCUGGAAACCUUCAGUAAAUUAAGUGACUUGUAAAAAUCUAAUGGCUGCAACAAAUCAUAGCCCUUGGAUAUAGUUUCUCAUUAUUUAAAAUUUCCUAGUAUUCUCUCUGUCAAGCCAUUUAGGGUAUUUCUUUUAAUGUUCCAGCUGCUUUAAUAAUGGAUGGCUGUAAUCAAGGUAAGAAUGCUCUUCCAUGCUGUGGAAAAAAAUCUGUGCCAGGGCACACCAUGAAUUAUAAGGAACAUGACAUGUCUCGGGGGCCGGGGAGGGAGCAAAUUAUCUGGAGCAAUACUCCCCAUCUCUUAAGAGAUUGUUAGAUAUUUUGCUUCAGAGACAGAGACAGCUGCUCUGAGGCUUUCAGUCUUUGUGACAAAUGCAGAGCAACUGUGGAGUAAACUUUUGUUUGUUGAAGUCAUUCUAUGAAAUCUCAUGUAACUUCCAGUUUAAAGGUCUGUUUCUUUGCCAUGGUCACUUUGCCUUGCAGCCAGACAUCCCAUUCCAUGUCUGAAAGAAGGGUGUGUGUUGCCCUUCUGGAUUGGCCUCAUAUUGUCAAAGAGAUGCUCUGUAAAGGGGCAGAGUCCUGCAUUCUACAGUGUCUUCAGAUCUGACAGCGCUGGUCUUGCUCUGUGUGCAUGUAUGUGCACACAUUUAAUUCAAGAUUUCCUUUCCCUCUAGCAGAUGGUCAGCUCUUCCCAAAGUGUCACUGCCUUUAUGUUUGCAGGGUAGAGCCUUGUUGUAGCCUUUCAUGGGACAGUGGAAUCUUAGAGUCAGGGCUAUACAGUUUCACAAAGUGUAGACUGCUUAAUGUUUACUGGAUGCCUUGAAUGUUCACCUGUACUUGCUGUCAUCUGUCAUCUUCAGAGGUUUCACAGAAAAAGAUGAACUUGUAUUUUGUUCUGUGUGUCAUCCUUAGAUCAAAUGAUUUGAUGUAUUGCCAACUUUAUGUAACGUCUUCAUAAUAUCAAUUUCAGUUUCUGUAAUGUGUCUAAAGAAAGUGUACUUGAAUCCCGAUUGUGUGAGAGGACAAGGCUUUUUAUUUAUUUAAAACAUAGUAGGACAUAGUGGAAAAACUACAUUUGGAGCUGAUGUACAAAAUGUAUUUAAUUAUACAACGUCAUUAGGACAACAGAAGUGAUUUCUGAAGAGGGUUAAUGGAGUGAUGUAUGCAAAAUAAAGACUGGAUGAUAUACUUCCUGUGGAAAAGCCAAAAUAAUAAUAAAAAAAAACCCUUCUGUGUUAUUUCA